AUGGCUCGCGGUCAGAACCGCUGUGCCGGUGAGACGCUGACAGCUGCUCGGAUUCUGCGGCUGGAGCAGCAGCAGCAACAACAGCAGAUCCUGUCUAUGGAGAUGGUGGAGAACGCAACGUUUCGCACCAUCAUCUCCAAACUGAUCAACGUGGUGCUGGCGCUGUUGGCCGUGGUCCUCGUCUUUGUCAGCACGGCCGCCACCUUCUUGUCUCCCUUUGUACACUCCACGUCUCGGCUGCUGUUGUCUGGCACGGCAGCGCUGGUGGCCUGGCUUCUGUACCACAACCUGUCGUAUAUCGAGAGCGCCGCGUCGUCGUUACACUCCUUCUUCACAUGGCCCUGGAGCUGAUGACGGCCGCCCUGCCCUCGCCCGACCCCGCCCCGCCCCCACACCCACCAAUCUCUUCACACCUCACUACCUGCUUUAUUUAUGGUCGUUUGGAGUUGACGACUUUGUUUUUUCGCCUGUAUGGCUCGUGAUGUGGCUGACAGACUUUGGCUAUGCCCGGACUCCUUGCUGAUGGUGUUUUGGGGCCCAACGUGGUUUUUUGGUUCGUGUUUUUUGUUUUUUUAGUGGCUCAGCCAGAGCUCUGGCUUGGCGCUCAUAUGACCUUAUGCAGUUGCGAGCGCCGUAAAACCUCUACCAAAACUAAAAAGAGCUCUGGGCUGUCGUAUGGGCCAUGUACAAGUAGCUCGUAUGGGCCGUUUACAGCUGUGUCUUAUGGUCCGUUCAUGGGCUGUAUGCCCGAGUUUGUGUCAUGCAGCUUGUUCAACCUCUGAAGAGAGAGAGAGAAAGAGAGAGUUUCGGGACAUUUCCCAGGCCAAGUGCAGCUGGUACUAUGAGUACAAGACAGGGUGUGGGUUUUCCCCGUGACUCCAGCGGAGGGAUGGAUGAACCUACGCUACGUUGUCAAGCAGCUCGCUCUGACACUGACACACACACCUGUAGGCCAAACUGGCCCACCUAUUUGCAGGCUGGCGUGUGUACGUUUAGAGGCGUACAUACGUGCGUGUGUAUGUUUAGAGGCGUACAUACGUGCGUGUGUAUGUUUAGAGGCGUACAUACGUGCGUGUGUAUGUUUAGAGGCGUACAUACGUGCGUGUGUACGUUUAGAGGCGUACAUACGUGCGUGUGUAUGUUUAGAGGCGUACAUACGUGCGUGUGUAUGUUUAGAGGCGUACAUACGUGCGUGUGUAUGUUUAGAGGCGUGCACACGUGUCGAGGAGUGUGAUGAGCGGCAAGGCAGCGUGUACCGACUGAUGGAUGCUGACAUUGACACCGACGUCUGAGAUGUAGCAGUGAAGCUGUGGGUAAAAGUAAAGUCCCCCCCCCAGGACUCCCAUUUCGAACAUGUUCAACCUAGAGCGCACACAGACCCAAGGUCACCUGGGGGGGGGGGGGGUGUCGUCCACAGUGAGGUUUGUGCUGCGUCGUGUCUUGCAGGAACAGGAAGUGGCUGGCUGUGUUCGUUUUGUGUCAUUACUCGCUGUGACGUGUCGUGGAGCUCAUACUUUUAGUUUUUUACUCGACAUCUGAGCCUUUGGAUUUGCAAGAGAACGGAGCAGCACUGCGGUUUCGGGCCAUACUGCUAGAAGAUUGUGUAACAGCGCGUGGUGGCGCGCACAGCGUGGCCCUGCGUCGUCAAAACUGUGCUUUCAGAACUCUCGACUCGACAAUCGGCUGAAGCCUAGCCAACUGUACAUAGUGAUGAACCCAACCAUGGACAUGAAUGUCUUCAGAGGACUUCAGAGAACCUGUUAGUUUACAGACAUGAUAUAUAUAUAUGUGUGUGUGUGUGUGUGUGUGUGUGUGCCUUUAUACAUGUGUAUAAACAUGUAUGUAUCUGCGUACCACACACAUACACACUCGCACGCACACACACACACACACACACACACACACACACACACACACACUCACACACACAAACGUACAUUCACACACAGACCUUGAAGAAGUGGGAAGGAGCAAAUAAUGUAUAAGAACAUUUGUUUAAAUAGUGAGGGGGGAAACUUUCCAAUUAUUGUCCAAAAGAUUAUUCUAUUUUUGUUUGUUUGUUCAACUGGGCUUUGUCUCUUGUCUGUUGUCUGGUUAGAUUAAGAGGUUAGCGACGGGUGCUCUGGUGUGGUUUGCUCUUUCUUUCCUAUCAAUCACCUAUCGUCCUUAUCUCUCCUCCUUCUUUUUUGUGUUUGCUACUACUUGUUGGUGAUUCCCAGCACCCACCAAAAUUCUCCCACCUCUCAGCCAGUAAGGAGAUAUGGCCCUGGUUGUUGGCAAGCACUGCUGCCUCAUCUCGCCGAUUGGAGAUGUUUACCACCCAGUUUCUUUGGAUUUUCCCCAAAAUAUGUUGGCAAGCACUGCU